AUGAAUAGUUUCAAGAUAAAUAUUGAGAACAAGAUUUCAGAUGACAAUCUAAGACUUACUUACUUGCAACAAUUUUGCAAAGGCAAAGCAAGAGAAUUGAUUCGUCAAUGUUCUGUAUAUCCUCCUACAGAAGGAUUGACUUUAGCAAAGAGACUUCUAAGAGAAGCUUACGGACGACCAUUGUUGAUUGCCAGAACUUAUAUGGAAGAGUUGGUACAUGGUCCAAUGUUGAAACCAGAUGAUCGAGAUAGUCUUCUGGAUCUUUCUCAUAAAAUGGAAGAAUGUUACCUAACGCUGUCGCAUUGGAAGCAAUAUUCAGAUCUAAAUAAUUUUGACAAUAUUGCUCAACUUUCAUGUAGAUUACCCCUGAAGUACCAUAAUAAAUGGGAAGAAGAGGCAGCAGAUUAUGAGAAUAGAAACAUUGAACUAAAAUUUGAACAUCUUUUAAAGUUUGUCAAGAAAGCAGCAAUUACGGCACAAUCAUCGAUGGGCAAAGCUAUGAGAGCUCAUAAGGAGAGGGAAAAGGCUAAACACCCUCAAAAGAAGAGAAUUUAUGCAAAUUCCACUUCAACAAGUGGUGAUGGCAAGCCUGAACAAUCUACCGAGAGAAAAGGUACAUUUGUGAGAAAUAGAUACAGAUGUGUUAUCUGUUCAAAAGAUCAUUUUCUUAUUCAUUGUCCAGAGUUUGAAAGAAAAUCUGCAAGUGAACGCGAGGCUACAAUUCGUGAAUUUCAUAUUUGCAGAAACUGUUUAUACAUUGGUCAUAUGGCACGGCAAUGUCGUAAGAAUCCUGCAUGUACUGAGAGAGGAUGUGGUGGCAGACAUCAUAGAAUGCUUCAUCGAAAUGUUGCAGAUACUAAGCGAAAAGAGCAAAGUACAAGUUCCGCUACUCAAACUGCUACAUCGGGAUCGACCUUAACGAACUAUACCAGAAAUUCAGCUGGAGUAUACUUGAAUAUAGUUUCCAGUGAAAGUAUCCUCACCUCAAGGUAG